UCGGUCCUAGACAGUGGAUGUUUGCUUGGCUCUCUGUAUAUUAACUUGGCCUUGAAGGAUUGUUGGAACCUAUACAGGUACGUGCCUCGCCAACCUGCGAGCCGUAUUUCCAUGAAAUGCUAAUACUACAAUUUCCAGAGCCCAGCUUUUCUCAUUUAGAAUCACUAGUUUUAUUUGUGCUACUAAAAUAAUGCUUCUUAUCAAUCUUUGAAAGAUACCCUUGCAUUCCUUCACCAGCCACCUUCUCAUAGUACUCAAAUCCCUCAAAAUGCCUUUUGCUCGCCUUUUGCGCCUUUUUGGCGACACCCGAUGCGUCCCCAAAGGCAGAGCAGUCCAUGGCAAGAUUAUCACAUCUGGGUUCCGCCCAGAUGUCUAUACCAACAACCAUUUGCUCUCUUUGUACGUAAAAUUCAAUCGUAUAGACAGUGCUCGCAAAGUGUUUGAUGCAAUGCCCGAAAGGAAUCUUAUUUCAUGGACUGCUUUGAUAUCAGCGUAUUCCCAAAUGGGUAUGGCAGAAGAAGCCUUAAAUUGUUUCAGAUUAAUGGUUGACGAUGGUUUUAGUCCGAAUCAUUAUACAUAUGUUGGUGCCAUAUCUGCUUGUGCUACUAUUGGAGAUGCACGUGCUGGUAAGGAGGUUCACGGAAGGAUUUACAGACAUGACCAAGAGUUGAGUGGCCGAGUUGGUAAUUGCUUGGUCAACAUGUAUGGGAAAUGUGGUUUGCUUAACUCUGCACGGCUUGUGUUUGAUGGGAUUUUUAAGCCGGAUCUAGUUUCUUGGACUUCAAUACUUUCCUGUUAUUGUCAAUGUGGGGAAAAUCUUGAAGGUUUAAAGAUUUUCAUGUGGUCACGGAAGGAAGGAGCGGUGGUAAAUGAAUUUUGUUGUGCAAGUGUGUUGGGAGCUUGUGCUGCACUUGAGAACUUGAAGGUUGGGAUGCAAAUACAUCCCCUUGUCAUCAAGUGUGGACUUGGAUUAGACAUUUUUGUUGUGACAGCAUUGAUAAAUCUUUAUGCGAAGUGUGGAGAAUUAGACUCUGCUUGUCGGGCAUUUUUCGAGGUGGACAAGCCACAGUUGCAGCCUUGGACUGCAUUAAUGGGAGGCUUUGCUCAACAAGGAAAAGGAAGAGAAGCCAUUGAUCUUUUCCACAAGUUCCAUUCUUUGGGUUUAAAACCUAGUGAAAGGACAUUCUCAUCUGUGCUUGGAGCAUUUGCAGAUACAGCAGAUGUUAAAGUUGGAAAACAACUCCACUGUUUGAUCCUUAAAAUGGGAUUCAUUUCGUUCAUAUUUGUUGGCAAUGCAGUUCUUGAUUUUUACUCAAAAUGUGGGCUUGUCGAGGAAUCAUCAAAGACUUUUGAGGAAAUGUAUGAGCAUGAUGUUGUCUCAUGGAAUGCACUGAUCUCUGGGCAUGUUAGAUUAGGUCAUCAUGGAGAAGCCAUUGAGCUUCUAAAGGAUAUGUUGAUUAAAGGGUUUGAACCUAAUCUUUACACAUAUUCUAUCAUUUUGAGUAUCUGUGGUGAUGUCCCAGCAAUCGAGUGGGGCAAACAAACACAUUGCUGCAUCAUGAAACCUGGGUUUGAAUCCAAUGUGGUUCUGGGGAGUGCUCUUAUAGACAUGUAUGCUAAGUGUGGAAGAUUAAGUGAAGCUAGGAAAGUUUUUGAUAAUCUAAUUACAAAAAACUUGGUUUCUUGGAAUACUAUGCUUUUGGGAUAUGCUCAACAUGGUUUUGGGAGAGAAGCCUUAGAGAUCUAUAGCAUAAUGCAUAGAAAUGGGAUUGAACCCAAUGAUAUUACAUUUCUUGGAGUAUUAUCUGCUUGUGGGCAUGUGGGACUUGUAGAGGAGGGAUGGCGCCACUUCAAUUCUAUGAUCCGAGACCAUGGCAUUGCCCCAAGGACAGAUCAUUUAGCUUCUUUGGUCAGCCUUUUUGCUCGUAAAGGACAGACAGAAAUGGCUUUUGAGUUCAUAAUGAGUUUUCCUAUGGACCCUGGAAAGGUGGUUUGGCGGUGUCUCUUGUCCGGCUGCAAAAUUCACAAGGAUUUAGCUCUGGGAAGAUACGCUGCAGAGCAGAUUUUGAGUAUUGAUCCAGAAGAUACUUCGGCUCAUAUCAUGCUAUCAAAUAUAUAUGCUGAGGCCAAGAUGUGGAAGGAAGCAGCACAAGUGAGAAAAGUAAUGAAGGACAAGGACUUAAAGAAAGAUACCGGAUAUAGCUGGGCUGAAUUUAAGAACAAAAUACAUUACUUCUCUGCAAGUAACUGCAUACAAUUCCCAGAAAGCAAUCUCCAUGAGGUUUUGGAUGGGUUGACAGAGCAGUUGUUUGAUGCAGGAUAUGUACCUGAUUCCAUGUUCUUAUUGCACUGUGGUUGCUAAGCUAGGCAUUCUAGAUGGAAGAAGUAUUUGGUCAUGCAGCAAUAAAUAUGCUGAAGACCUUUACAUAUUAGAAAAAUAAGAGACAUGAAUCCAUGAUGAGUCUGAAUGAUCGAUAACGGUAUAAGAUGAUAUUGAAAGAGCACUCCACAUGAAUUAAACUAAAAAAAAUUCAAAAUUGAUGCUGACUUGUUAUUAUACCUUGUAAGAAAGACAGUCAAUCUGAGGUCACAUUACCACACAGAAAGUUGUGAUUGAAGUGACUUUGGGGGGAAGUUCAGAGGCUGAUGGUAUGGGUGGAUCACUCGGUGAGAGGUUAACAAACUCAAGGGCUUGUAGCCUUACUUUCAGAGGGUAGUCUGUGACACACCCAAUUCUCGGGCCUGCUCCUGUUGACCAUUUCAAAGACAGUUGAUGCCCUAAUUGAUAUGAACUUACUUCCUUUUUUGACUUGAUUCUCUGCAAUAUCUCUUUCUUUGGAACACUUCUUUUGGGGCUCUGGAGACUACUGGACAAGGUUCUCUUAUAGCUGCUUGUUCCUUCUGUUUGAGCAAGUAUACGUGAUUCAGAGGGUCCUUUAUUUUCAAUCUCACUAAGCGCCUGAAGGUGGUGGCCGGUUGGUUCCGAAUUUGUUUGUUCCCCAGAAUUCACACCAGGGGUAGCAGAUGUGUGAAAUGACAUGGUAUAUGAAUUCUGUACCUGAACUUGAUCAAGGUUGACCCCAUUUUCCUUGAGGAAGGCUAAGAAGCUUCCAAGAUUCUCAUCUGUUGGACGGUAAUGUCCACUGUACACCGACACAGACUGGAAGUCAUAAAGACACAUUCAGAAUUCAGAUGCAAGAAACAUAGGCUUCUCAAAGUAUACAUACAGAGUUUGAUGUUUAAGAGGAGCAUACUGGUCCAAGAUAUUUAAUGCAUUCUUGUCGAAGCCUUGAUCUUGGGCAAUCUUUGAGAUCAACCUCUUUGCCAUCUCCAAUGUCCAACCUGCACAAGAUACAACAACAAUGAUGCUGAUGUCUGAAAGCUACUUGCCUUUGAAGCAAUCAAGCUGAUCCUACUCCACCGUGAGGCAGCUGUUUCUGCUUUGUGAAAAUUGAAGAAGGAAACUGUGCUGUGAUUAAGCCUUGCAUAUUCUAUAGCUUGCCACCUACAAACAUCCCCAUCAUUUCCUGGAAAUGAGAUAGAGCAGGCAGCAAUCUUGCAGAAUACAUCCAUGAAACAUAUGGUAACACUUACCAGAGCUCCUCAGCAACAACCGCCGAGUCCGCUAGCCGACGCCGGGUGCGAUAACUCCGGGGACAGGUUGCUAAAUUUGGUUGGCCAGAUGGGGAAGAAGAGCCAAGAAAGUGGUCUCCACUCUUCCACUGUCAGUCAUGUCAGCAUACACCGCACUCUUUUAAGUGCUCUCUCCCACGAGUUUAUGCUCCGGAAGAUUUGAUUGAUGGGAUUUUUGCUCCUCUCCUAUCACUUUCUAUAGGUAGUUAUCAGCAAAAUCAUGUUAAAUUUGUAGUUUUUUAACGUUUGAAGGAAUAUGUGACUCGCCAUUUGAUGUACUUUUUAUAAGGUGGACUAAGAAAUUUUGGGGCUGCCGAGUGGCACGAUAAGCAUGAAAAUUAGGAUAGAAAUCCGUUGCAAA